UCGCCCUGGACUCACGCCUAAGACUUCCGAUUGAGCUAUCGCCGGCGUCUACAAUGAGUGGGGAGGGCAGGCUCCGCCAGGAACGACAGCCUCAACGUUUCGGUGUGGGUCGGCAUGUUUGACAUGCGAGUACAUCUGUACGGAGGCUGCUGCUGCCUUUGGCUCUCCAGCUGCGCUCACUUUCGUUUCUCAUCUCAAAGUUCACAAUUGACCUGGUGUCACUUAUUCUACCGAUCGACAUGAUGGAGCCACAACACCAUUACGCAGAUGUACACUCACACGACCAUCACCAUGAUGACGACUCAUCGACUGAGGUCGAAUCCUUAGUUGGAGGAGAGAAGCAAUGGGCAGCUGGCGAUUACCAAAGAAGAGCACAAUCGUCAAGAAGAAGGAUACUGUGCCCGCCGUUAGUGGCUGCCUUGCGAUGGGUGCUGGUGAUAGGACUACAACUCGUAAUCAUUGGUCUCUUAGCUAGAGACCAAGGCAUGCUCGACUCCACAAGAUGGAAGGCUCGGUCAACAAGCGCAAACGAUGUUGGCGGCGACAUCACCGGGUGGUCACCACAUAUUCCAACUCAGAUCACCAAGUUCGAGAUUAACCAGACCUUCGCGCCAUACAACACAUCAGAGUUCUUCAAGCCAGAAGUACUCCGAGCAUGGAACGAGCUGUUGCCUGUCGGCAUGGGCUUCCAGAGCAUCCCUGAUCCAGAGAACUACCACGACCUCCCCACCCCCAUCGUCUGGCCCAACGCUACCGUCUUCACGACAUCAAUGACCCAUCAGCUUCAUUGCCUCUACGCUGUCGUCGCCGUCUACUCCGGCAUGACAUCCGGCCACGAGCUCGAGGAAGACCACCACUGGCACAUGAUUCACUGCUUCGACUACAUGCGCCAAGCUAUCAUGUGCAGCGCAGACAUGGCUCUCGAAGGGCUGGAAACGACCUUCCCUGAUCAUAACGGAGGUAGUGACGGCUGGGACAGCAAGCAUGUUUGCAAGGACCCUAAGAUGGUUAGGCAACGGUUGGAGAGUGUGAGGGCGUAUGACGACCAAGAGAUCUUUUGAACCGGUCAUACGUCAGUAUACGUGAAUGGUGUUCUAUCGUUGGUGGGCUGACCCGGCGAUGCAUCACGAUAGUCAGUCAUCCGACAUGGUCAUUGGAACUUCAUAUAUAAUACAUACUUUCUUGUACAG